AUGAUUGCAUCCUCUAAGCUAUCAACUAUAAUAUGGUUGGGUGAUACAACUUCUAUUCCUAAGGGUUGGGCGAUUCCAACAAGUGGAAAGAAGUUGAGGAUAAAAGUGCCUCUCAAGGAUGGUUUUCGUGAGUUUGUGAUAAUGACUAAAGAUUCUAUUUCGGACACCCUAAAAGUCAUAAAAUUUUGCACGGAUGUAUUUGGCGCUAUAGUAAAAGCACUACUUUAUGCUUUACCUUAUGAGUACAUCCCUUUACCAAGCCUCGACAACGAGCUCGCUAAAACUUACAAUGAUCCGGUAGAUCAAGUGUACUUCAAGGUCCUCGUACAUUGA